GGUGGAGGAUACCUGUUUGCUCAUGGUGGGAGAGGAGGAAGUGGAAAAGGGGAGGAGGAGGAGGAGGAGGAAGGGUCGCUGUGGUUGUUGCAUACAAAACAUUUGUUGGAACAGCCUUCACCUUUGGAGGAAUGGGAGGUGACGUGGAAGGCCUCAUCCCUGGUCUUACAUCUGGUGUGAGCUCAACUCUGUCUACCGCCUACACAUGUACCCACUACUGAAUCCAUCAGAUUCUAAGUGUUGGCGCCCAGUAUCCAACACAUCAUUUUCUGAGUAUAUUGAACUGCGAAUUCCUAGUGCCUCAAAGUACUAUGUCACUUCAAUUGAGACUAGAGGUGGAGUUACAGUUCCUCUAUAUGUCACCCAAUAUGCACUUCAGUUUUACGACGACACAUUACAAAACUGGGUUACUAUGCUGGAUGCAGACUACAACAGAUAUGUUCCUGGCAAUCCUACAUACACAGGCACAGUGAAACGAAACUUUGCUUAUCCAGUUUUAACAUCCAAGGUGCGCGUGUACCCUUAUGCAUGGACUGGUGGCAUCGCAAUGGCAGCUCGUCUUUAUGGGUACCCAGCCCGAACCGAUCAGCAAUUCAUUAAUCCAGCAUCGUCACCUCUUCCCAAUGGUUGUGCUGGAGGCCCAGGGACAGUGUUCUGGCUCCUACAAGGAUCACCUAGUAUAGGUGAACUGGAAGUGGACAACCGUGCUCAGUCUGCAGGACUGUUUUCCAUCAACAGCAGUAACUUGAACCUCAUAACUACAGGUGCAGCAGGUUGGCUCACUGAUGCUUCACAGGACUUGGACAAAAUAGUUUUGAAAAAUGCAGCCAUUUUGGUCACCGAUGUGGAUCUAGAUGUUAGUGACAUAGAAGGUGAUAAUACAUCACUUAUUUAUUUGAAAGAAUCCAGGAGUAUCCGGAUAGGUAACAAUUUUGAUGCCAAUAAGUAUGUGAUGGAUUUAGCAACACUGCAGCUUGCAGAAGAUUCAGACAUCACCCUUAAAAUGUGGAGCUACAUCAUGGGAAGAUUGGAUGUUAAGGGUAUUGUGGAGCUGACAGUUGAAGGUAACUUGACUCUGAAGACACAGAAGCUUGAUCUCUUACGGCUGACUGGAUUAGAACAUUCAAUCAUCACGAUAGUGGGUUCAUCUACCUUUCCACUGAAUGUAACUACACUACAGAUAAUGGGAGAUUUUCAUGCUCAGACAGUGCAGCUCAGCAACUUGCAGGCUUUGAGUACUGGACCUGGAUCAAAUGUGACCUUUGACCCUGCAACCACUGAUACAUACAUGGGUAGGACUGUAGACAUCAGGGGUUACUUUGAACUACAAAAGCCAGUCUCCUUCCAGAACUGUGAACGUUUAAUGAUUGAUGGUGGAAGCCUCAUUUGGAAAGGGUCUGACUCUUUUAUUGUGAGUUGCAUGAAUAUCACCAUCAAUGGAUUCUUCCAGCCAACAGGUGACAUUAUCUUUGGCCGGGACAUUCGAGAUAUCAUUGUUGGUCCUUCUGGAAGAUUCCAGUUCAGUGCAGAUGGACCCAUUUUCACUCAUACCUUAAGUGUUUCAGGUGUCAUGGAAGUGAAAAACAAAGUCAUUCUGGAGUCUCCUGUUGAAGAUGACAGGAAAAUCACAGUAUUUGUAGUUCAUAGUCCACAAGGGAAAUUACUGCUGGACACUCAAAAUCAGUCCCUGAAAGCAAAUGGUAGUGUGGUUCCUGCCAGUUUAGCAUCAGAACUCUUCGCCGACAAAAUAACAGUCAAUGGUCUUUUUGAUGCUUCAGCUUUGGCACUUCCAGCCCCUAUAUCAAGUCUGACUGUUGGAAAUGGUGGAAACUUCACUUUUGACCCCACCUCAGAAUUAAUUGUGGAUGUCAUAUCUGUUAAUGGUGUUUUCUCGUCUCAGUCUCCUUUGAAUAUCUCAGGGGCCAGUCUAAUCCGUACCAGGUCGCUAACAGUGCUUCAGAAUGGCACCAUGACCUUGGAUGCUGCUGCACAGAAAAAAGGACAGUACUCUGGUGUUUCAUAUAUUGUUGUUGAAGUUGUGAUCGUGGAUGGUUUGUUCAAAGCAGGGAAGAUGAUAAACCACAAACCACCAUUGGUGCAUGGUUGGAAUCACAUGGCUGUAAAGGGGCAACUAAUAUUUUACCCCAAUGAUACCUUCUACCUCGGAUAUGGAGAAGUUUCUGGAAUCUUAGAAUCUGUAACACCUAUCACAAUUUUACGGCCACCAUCAUUUGAGUUGAAUGGAAACCAUUUUGUUGUUGAUUCUGGUGGACAAGUUAAACUAGGAAUCCAAAUGGCAUCAGACUCAGCCAAUCAUAUCGAAUUUGAGCACCUUGAAGUCAAAGUUAAUGGACUGCUAGAUUCUGGGUUCCAAAAAGCAACACCAAGUGCCUCAACUGUCUCUCAGAUCUCCAAGUUCCUGGUCACUACCUUGCUUGUAGCUGGAACUUUCAAGUCGGAUUCUGUCAACAUUAUUGGGGAAAGUGUGACAGUAUUUGCAGGAGGCAUAAUCACAACAGCUGGAGGUGGAUAUAAAAGUGGUGCUGGACCAGGUGCUGGCAUCAGUUCACCAAAUGGUGGGAGUGGUGCAAGCCACGCUGGUCGUGGUGGUCAAGGAAACACAGCAGCUCCCUUCACCCUGGCUACAAAUCUUCCCUAUGGUUUCAUCUAUGAUGCAGACACAUUUGGCAGUGGUGGGGGUGGUUCCUCCCUAACUGCUGUUAAUGGUGGACGAGGAGGAGGAUACAUCAGCAUCACAGUAUCUCAGAGAUUUGAAUUGAAUGGCACUGUAUCUGUGGAUGGACUGCCUGCAGGGGCAGCCAAUGCAGGAGGAGGGAGUGGUGGCUCAUUAAAUGUACAGUGUAAUGCAUUCACCGGAAGUGGCAGAAUCUCAAGUAAUGGAGGCAAUGGUCUUGGAAAAGGAGGUGGUGGUGCUGGUGGUCGAGUCCGUGUGAAGUAUUCAUCUGGGGAGUUUCUGAGUGGCCAUGUUACUGCAUAUGGAGGAGCUGGUGCAGAACCUGGUGGGCCUGGGUUGAUUUAUCUUCAUGGUGACGACAUCAGGAACUUGAGAGUGGACAAUAAUUGCCAGAAACCGGCUGUAACAGAACAUGGGGGUACAUGGGCUGAUGAAUCUACCUAUCAGAGCUACAUUUCUACAGGUGGAAUUGCCUAUUUGCUGCCAAAGACAUCUGACUUUGUUUAUGAUUUUACAAUUCUGGAAAUCUAUGGUGGAGCUCACCUGACAUUUAAUGGCACCCGCACAAAGGUCAAGAGUAUUCAGAUCAUAGGUGAUGACACAGGUCACUUGCAUGUUGCACCUGGGCAUAUCCUGGAAUGGACACAGGAUACCGAGUACAGAAGAGCGAAUAUGACUUGGCUGUUGUACCUCUACCUUGGGGCAGAGUGGAUUUUGCCACCUGCUCCAGUUGAAAUUCGCCCUGGUCUGACCUCCCCUGCUACAUGUCCAGCAUCAUUCGUGCGUGGCAAUCUAUUGAAAAUAUGGGGCAAGGUUACAGGUGACAAAGCAAGGCUGAUCAUUGGUCCUGAACAAACUGUUUCCUGGGAACUGUCUGCUGCUCGCCACCUGAAGUUUGUUAGUGUCACAGUACAAGAUGGCGCAAAACUGCAAUUUGUAAAUCACUAUGGAAACACUAGUGAUCAAUGGGAAAUCAUGACUGCCAGCUCUGACAGCAGGUAUGAGGCCAUGUUCCUGAUAGAAGGAGGUGGUUUGAUAACAGCAGAUACCCUUUACAUCAACAGCAAUAUCAUCCAGAUUGAUGCUUCAGGUGCUCUGGAUGUCAGAGGGCAUGGUUUGCUGGCAGGACCUGGAGAAGGGCUGAGAGGGGGUGGCGCAGGACAUGGAGGGCGGGGAGACAGAAGCACUGCUACAAACUCAGUGGCAGGUGCUAUUUAUGGAUCAUUGUAUGAGCCAGACACCUUCGGAAGUGGUGGGACUGCUGCCACAAACAGCAGUGGACGUGGUGGUGGAAUUUUGAAACUGGUAGCAAGGAAAUCUCUCAUACUGGAAGGUCAGAUUUUAGCAGAUGGUCUAGCAGGAGCUGCAGGAGGAUCUGGUGGUAGCAUCUGGCUGGAUGUCCUUGAACUUGAAGGGUCAGGUUCACUCUCAGCUAAUGGCGGAGAUGGUGCUAAUUCCCGUGGUUCUGGUGGUGGAGGUCGCAUUGCUGUUUACUACAGAAAGACACAAUGGUGGUAUGGCUCCUUGGCUGCCUUUGGUGGUUCAUCUGGAGGAAAGUAUGGUGGAGCAGGAACUAUAUUUCUCAAGGAUGCAACUCCAGAGGUAAACAACAGAACACUAAUCAUUGAUAAUGGAGACCAGUCCCUUGGAUACCAAGUCACCAACUACAGUGACUAUCAAAGUGAUGCUGGUCGCACCUGGCUCAUUCACAACACAUCUGGGCCAUUUGAAGAUGUGCGCAUUCAGGGUUACUCCCACUUAGCCCUUCAUCCAAGUCUCACAAUGCCAUAUGAGCUAGUCAGUCAUGUAAUAUCAGGAGACAAUACGGGUGUGCUGCACAUAGGUCCAGGUCAGACAAUGGCUUUCCGAUUGGUGGAUGAAAUUGAGGCUUUUGCCAAUGUUUUCAUCUAUGAUGGAGGAACGCUUCUUCUCCCCUCUUUCUUCAGAUGUAGAAGUGUCACCAUUACAGUCUGGGGAACUCUUGGCAUUGAUGAAAUUGAAGUGUCCAGUGGCUGUCAUUUGCUGUUUGGACUCACUGGAAAGAUUGCUGGUUCAGGCUGGACAAGUCCUGAAGGCAUCUUGCGUGUGCCCACACUUACCGUAGCUGAUGGUGGGGAGGUCACUGUGCCCCCUGGGCUUACAGAUGAUCAAAACAGCCUGACACUUGAGGUGGGAAACCUCAACAUUCAUGGAGGUGGGAUCAUUCAUGCAGUUCAGCUCAACAUCAGUGUGGGCAAUCUUACAAUUGAUGAUCUUGGUGUUAUGGCUGGUGACUUUCAUACUGUGCCCUGUUCAGAGGGUAAUGGGCAGGGUGGAAGUGGUGCAUCAGGUGCUGGGCAUGGUGGGCGUGGUGGCCGAGGAUCUGCACAGCCUUCUACUGGACAUGCUUUUGGCUCACUCUUCCAUCCUUCCACACGUGGCUGCAGGGGUGGAGCCAGUGACACUGGCUUCCUUGGUGGGCAAGGUGGAGGUGUCAUUUACUUGAAAGCUACAGGCACAGUGCAUAAUGAUGGAACUGUGCGUUGUAAUGGUGAGGCAGGCUUACAAGCUCUGGAGGAGGCAGUGGAGGCAGCAUUCUUAUGGAAAUUGGGCUAAUUCAGGGCUAUGGCAGCUUUGAAGUGACUGGAGGUGCAGGAAGUAAAAAUGGAAGUACUGUUGGAGGAGGAGGGUCUGGCGGAAGGAUAGCAAUGCAUUUUUCUGACAACAAGACAUUUAGUGGGGAUUUCAGUGCCUUUGGUGGA